CUUCCUUCAAUUUUUUCUUCCUCGCCUCACAUCCUUCAGUCUCACUCUCAGUCUCUCAGCUUCCCUGCUUUCUCUCUCUCACACACACCUCAGCUGAUUCCCAGCUCCCUCCACUAUCUCAAAGAAGCCACACCAGAAGAAAACUACAAGGGGGCCGGCACAAGAGAAGGGAAAGCAGCAAAGGAAACAAGAGGCAAACCCUAGCACCGCAAGACUCGUCACUUUCUCCAGAGCGAGCCACCACAUAGCUAGCAUCUCUGCAUCAGCACCCACCAUGAUCUUCCCCCCUGCCUUCCUGGAUUCCUCGAGCUGGAACGAUAACCAGCAGCAGCAACCUCACCACCAGGUUGCGGCCAGCGGCGGCGGCGAUGGCAGUCAUGAGCUUCUCCAGCCAUCAAUCAUGGAGGGAGCGCUUUCCGAAGGCGGCGGCAGCGGCGGGCUGGUGGGGCCGGCGAAGCCGAUGUCGAUGUCUGAGCGGGCGCGGCUCGCGAGGAUCCCGCUGCCGGAGCCGGGGCUCAAGUGCCCCCGCUGCGAGUCCACCAACACCAAGUUCUGCUACUUCAACAACUACUCGCUGUCGCAGCCGCGCCACUUCUGCCGCGCCUGCCGCCGCUACUGGACGCGCGGCGGCGCGCUCCGCAACGUCCCGGUGGGCGGCGGCUACCGCCGCCACGCCAAGCGCGCCAAGCCCAAGGCUGCGGCCACGGCGACAACCUCAGGCGCAACAGCGAUGGUCACCGCUGCAUCGGCGCCAUCUGGGUCGACGUCGUCCACUUGCACCACGUCUAACACGCCUUCCCUCCCGGCUAUGCUAGGCAGCAACUUGUCCAUGCUGCCACCGCUGCUCCGCCUCGCCGACUUCGACGCUAUGAACCUUGGCUCGAGCUUCUCCGGGAUGGGGAAGCCGUCCCUUGAUGCCAUGGGCGCCUACUCGGUCGGCGGUGGUCCCGCCGGGCUGGAUCACUGGAGAAUGCAGCAGAUGCAAAGCUUCCCGUUCUUGCAUGCAAUGGACCAAGGGGCGCUGGCUCCAGCUCCGGCCGUGGCAAUGCCGGGGAUGUUCCAACUAGGUCUAGACACUGAUGGCCGUGGCGGAGGUGGCGGCGAAGACGGAUCAGGAGAGCUUCAUGGGAUGCCCGCAAAGAGGGACGGCCACCAAAGAGGCAUCUAUGGUGAUCACCUCGCUUCUGGUUACACUUACUAUUCCAACAACACAACAGGUAAUCAUCUCUUGUAAUGAGCUUAACGGCCAGCUACAAUCCUAUAAUUAGCUAGAUAGAGUGUGUGAGAUGGUAUUGUGAUAUAGAAAAUGCUAGCAUUUGCAAUGUUUCAAGAACUGGAGAGGAUCGGAGGGGCUCUGGAUGAACGAGCCGGCGUAUGUUUGAUCAUGCACAAUUAUUACCCAAAGCUAGUUAAUUAGCUUGCACGAUCAAUUGUUGUUUUCCUUCUACAUUUAGGUUUAUUAUCGAGCAUUUGGGAUGAAGUAAUGUGUACCACUGUUCUUCGUUUUGUU